CGCCGCUUCCGCCCGCUGCCAAGAUGGCGGCGCCCUUUGUCUGGUCGGUGUCACGAUGAGGGCCGCCGGCCGCGGGUGAGGCCCCGCCGGGCCCGGCAUGGCAGGAUCCGUUCCUGGAAAUGAGGGCAGACCCCUGUGGGCAGAUGCAGCAAGGUUUGGGGCCGCGUUGUUCCCCGAGCUGACGCACGAGGCGAGAGAUGACGGAUGGCUCCGUAGAGACUGGUCUGAACACCUGGAAAGGGGAAAUCUCUGGAGGAGAGACACAGCCCUCUGACCCUCAAUCCUCUGGAUAUCUCCUCUCCUCACAGCAGAGGGCCAUGGAUUUCCCACAGCACAGCCAGCAGGUGCUGGAGCAGCUGAACCAGCAGCGGCAGUUGGGGCUGCUCUGUGACUGCACCUUCGUGGUGGAUGGCAUCAACUUCAAGGCCCACAAGGCCGUGUUGGCUGCCUGCAGCGACUACUUCCGCAUGCUCUUUGUGGACCAGAAGGACGUGGUGCACCUGGACAUCAGCAAUGCUGCGGGCCUGGGCCAGGUUCUGGAGUUCAUGUACACGGCUAAGCUGAGCCUGAGCCCUGACAACGUGGAGGAUGUGCUGGCUGUGGCAGGUUUCCUGCAGAUACAGGAGAUUGUCAGCGCUUGCAAUGAACUCAAGUCUUUCUCCAUGCCCCCAGAAUAUCCCCCUGGGAUGAACCAGCAGCCCCCUGAGAUCGGAGCCGAUAAGGUGAUGGCUGAGGACAAGACAUCAGUACUGGCAGAAGCUCUGUGGGGGCCUGGUGAAGCUAGAGCAGCUGCUCCCCAUGCGGAGGGGAAGGAGAAGAAGCCAGAGGUGUCAAAGCCCAAGGCGCCUGCAGAGCAGCCAGUUGGGCAGGAAGAUGAGCCACCAAGGGGUGACAGCCUGGGUCUUGCUGUCAUCCCCAGCACACCCUGUCCUGACACUCCAGUGCUCACAGGGACAAGUGCUGCCAUCCAGGAGGAUCUCAAGGCUGACAUUCCUGGGCUCCCACCGCCGUCGGAGAGUGCGGUGGGCAGCGGCAGCCCCACGGCCAUGGACACCGCUGGGACAGGAGAGAUGAAGCUGGAAAGGAAGGAGGAAGAGGGGGAAAUGAUAGUGAAGAAGCAAGACGAGGGUAAAAUCCCUGAGGAGGAGACUGCCCAGCUGGAGAAUGGGGAAAAUGCUGAGGAUAACAAGUUGGGAAGCGCAGAUUCUGGGCAGGAGAACUCGGGGGAGCUGGGCCUGCUGCACUCCAGCACCUACAACGACCGCACCGAGUCCAAGGCCUACAGCUCCGUCACUCACAAGUGCGAGGACUGCGGGAAGGAGUUCACCCACACCGGGAACUUCAAGCGGCACAUCCGUAUCCACACUGGAGAGAAGCCCUUCUCGUGCAGGGAGUGCAACAAGGCCUUCUCUGACCCGGCUGCCUGCAAGGCCCAUGAGAAGACACACAGCCCGCUGAAGCCUUAUGGCUGUGAGGAGUGCGGGAAGAGCUACCGGCUCAUCAGUCUCCUGAACCUGCACAAGAAGCGGCACACGGGCGAGGCACGCUACCGCUGCGAGGACUGCAGCAAGCUCUUCACCACUUCGGGCAACCUGAAACGGCACCAGCUGGUGCACAGUGGGGAGAAGCCCUACCAGUGCGACUACUGUGGGCGCUCCUUCUCCGACCCCACCUCCAAGAUGCGCCACCUGGAGACCCACGACACUGACAAGGAGCACAAGUGUCCCCACUGUGACAAGAAGUUCAACCAGGUGGGGAAUUUGAAGGCUCACCUGAAGAUCCACAUUGCAGAUGGGCCCCUGAAGUGCCGGGAGUGCGGGAAGCAGUUCACCACAUCAGGUAACCUGAAGCGGCACCUGCGGAUCCACAGCGGGGAGAAGCCGUACGUGUGCGUGCACUGCCAGCGCCAGUUCGCUGACCCUGGUGCACUCCAGCGCCACAUCCGCAUCCACACUGGAGAGAAGCCGUGCCAGUGCUUGAUCUGUGGGAAAGCCUUCACCCAGGCAAGCUCCCUCAUCGCCCACGUGCGCCAGCACACCGGGGAGAAGCCCUACGUGUGUGAACGUUGUGGGAAGAGGUUCGUCCAGUCAAGCCAGCUGGCCAACCACAUCCGUCACCAUGACAACAUCCGGCCCCACAAAUGCACCGUCUGCAACAAAGCCUUCGUCAAUGUGGGCGACCUGUCCAAGCACAUCAUCAUCCACACGGGUGGGUACCUCCUGAAACCCUGCACUGCUCCCGGGCAUCACUCCCUCACCCACCUCCCGUUGCCUGUCCUCUUCCCAGGGGAGAAGCCAUUCCUAUGUGACAAGUGCGGGCGUGGCUUCAACCGAGUGGACAACCUGCGCUCCCAUGUGAAGACUGUGCACCAGGGCAAGGUUGGCAUCAAAAUCCUGGAGCCCGAGGAAGGUGAUGAGGUCAACAUCGUUACAGUGGCAUCCAAUGACAUGGUGACAUUGGCCACUGAGGCACUGGCUGCCACUGCUGUCACGCAGCUCACGGUCGUGCCUCUAACGGCCGCGGUGACGGCGGAUGAGACCGAAGCGCUUAAAGCCGAGAUCACCAAAGCGGUGAAGCAAGUGCAGGAGGCAGACCCCAACACGCAGAUCCUUUACGCCUGCGAUUCCUGCGGUGAGAAGUUCCUGGACGCCAGCAGCCUCGCGCAGCACGUGCGCAUCCACACGGCCCAGGCGCUCGUCAUGUUCCAGGCGGAGCCGGACUUCUACCACCCCUACGGCGCCGUGGGCUGGCCGGCAGAGCAGGUCCUCGCCGCCGGGGAGCUCCUCUUCCGCCCCCGCGACGGCCCCGAACCGCCCCCGGCCCCUGCCCAGGCCCCUCCGGCCGAGGGGCCGCCCCCGCCCCACGAGUGACCCCCACCCUAUCCAGCCUUUAUUUAAGAGACAGCUCGCAAAGUCUGUAAAAAAAAAAAUAUUUCUGGAAGGAAAGAGAUGGAAUAAAAUACAAUAUUUUGUAAGGGUUGGUGCUCCAGGAGAGAGGGCACGCUGUGGGCUCCCCCCCUCGGGGGCUGUUCUGGGUGGGGUCUGAAAUACUCCAAUCAUGGCUGAGAGCGAGAUGUGUUAAAAGCGGGGAUAAAUUAGAUGAUUAUGGAUUAAAAACGGUGGUUUAAGGCUUUCAAACCCACCCAGGACAGCAAAUGGGAAUUUUUGGGGUAAAAGCCCCAGAACACCCUCACCUGCUGACCCCCACCAAGGUGCAGGCGCUGCCCCUGUUUGGGGGUAAAA